AUGGCUCACAACUACUCGCUCCCUACCUUGCCCUACGCCUACGAUGCUUUGGAGCCCAGCAUCUCCAAGCAAAUCAUGGAGCUUCACCACACCAAGCACCACCAGGCCUACGUCACCAACCUCAACACGGCGCUCGCCUCGUACGCCGGCGCCGACAUCACCGCCCAAAUCGCCCUCCAGCAGGCCGUCCGCUUCAACGGCGGCGGCCACAUCAACCACUCGCUCUUUUGGGAGAACCUCGCUCCCGCCACCCAGCCCGAGACGCAGCUGUCCGCCGCCACUGCGCCCCAGCUCCUCGCCGCCAUCACCAAGACCUGGGGCUCCCCCGCCGAGUUUCAAAAGGCCUUUGCCGCCGCGCUGCUGGGCGUGCAGGGCAGCGGCUGGGGCUGGCUCGUCAAGGACAAGCACGGCCUGCGCAUCAUCACGACAAAGGAUCAGGAUCCGGUUGUCGGGCCUGAGAUUCCAGUGUUUGGCAUUGACAUGUGGGAGCACGCCUACUACCUGCAGUACCUCAACGGCAAGGCUGCCUAUGUUGAAAAUAUUUGGAAAGUCAUCAACUGGAAGACGGCUGAGCGUCGCUUCGUCGGCGAACGCGAUGACGUCUUCAAGGCUCUCAAGGCGUCCAUCUAG